AUGGCCAGCAUUUUCAAGCUUUUCACUACGGACAGGCAGUGUAAGAUCGCCGUGGUCCAGUAUGAACGGGCCGACUACGGAGUGGGGACGGAGGAGCACCUCCACUGGGCCAUAGUGGUACAAACGGAGAGGCUCGAUCAGGAUCUUCCGUGUUUCCAGGUGUUCGACCGCCACUACAACAACAGCCGGGGCGUGCAAUGGGCCUUGUUCGAUCGCGAUAUCUCGCUGCUUAAGACGCGGAAGUGUCUGGGCGGGGUUUACAUUGGCAGUGUCAAGUACAGCCAGAUCAAGGCGCUCCGAGAGGUCGCCUCUGGCAAUAGCCCUGUACCGAAGUUCCCUGAGUGGAAUUGUAGGGACUGGGUGAUUGAAGUCAUCCAGCUGUUCGCUGAGCAGGGGUGGACUAGCACGAGCAUUCCGGACCAGGCAACACUCCUUCCGUCGAUGAGGAUCGCCAGCGUCGCUACCAAGGCCGCUUACACCGGCCGUUCUCUGCACCCGAUACCAGUCAUCGUCGACCUCACAGUCUGA